GAGCUUGACAAAGGCAUGCAGGAGAGAACAGGAGCAGCCACAGCCAGGAGGGAGAGCCUUCCCCAAGCAAACAAUCCAGAGCAGCUGUGCAAACAACGGUGCAUAAAUGAGGCCUCCUGGACCAUGAAGCGAGUCCUGAGCUGCGUCCUGGAGCCCACGGUGGUCAUGGCUGCCAGAGCGCUCUGCAUGCUGGGGCUGGUCCUGGCCUUGCUGUCCUCCAGCUCUGCUGAGGAGUACGUGGGCCUGUCUGCAAACCAGUGUGCCGUGCCAGCCAAGGACAGGGUGGACUGCGGCUACCCCCAGGUCACCCCCAAGGAGUGCAACAACCGGGGCUGCUGCUUUGACUCCAGGAUCCCUGGAGUGCCUUGGUGUUUCAAGCCCCUGCAGGAAGCAGAAUGCACCUUCUGAGGCACCUCCAGCUGCCCCCGGCUGGGGCAUGCGAGGCUCAGAGCACCCUUGCCCGGCUGUGAUUGCUGCCGGGCGCUGUUCAUCUCAGCUUUUCUGUCCCUUUGCUCCCGGCAAGCGCUUCUGCUGAAAGUUCAUGUCUGGAGCCUGAUGUCUUAACGAAUAAAGGUCCCAUGCUCUGCCCGAGGACAGUUCUUCGUGCCUGA